AUGUUAUAGCUUGUUAAUUUCACAAGAUCUAAGUUAGCACUCAAGAGUGCAUAGCAAUUCAGUGGAGGUCAUCAUCACAAUAAAGUAGAGGGCAGAAUCAAGGUCAAUGAUAAAAUCGUAUGGAUCAACGUUGUCCCACCUGAUGGUAUUCCAAGAAGAAUUGCUGGCUUUGAAAAUGAGAGUUUACUAGAGGUUAUUAAUAGAGGGCAUGUUCCAGGCAUCUACAAUGAAUGCGAUGGUGGAGAUAACGAGUUAAAGCCACAUCAAGUUCCAAUUGACUUCUAUACUUCUGGCGCUUAAUGUGGCCAGUGUCAAGUCGUUGUUGCCGACCCAUGGUUUGACAAGCUUAACAAAGUUCUUGAUUUCGAAGACAACAGACUAUUGAGAACUUUGACUAAUACAGCCACCAACAGUAGACUGGCUUGCUGCGUCAGAGUCACUCCAGCACUCAAUGAAAUGAUCGUGGUUAUUGGGAAUAAUAGACAAGGUAGUGGCGAGUUCUUCACUGGUACCGACCCAGCAGCAUUCUGA